AUGUUGGGAGCAAAGCUACCAGGUCCCCCACAUAGCCCUGGGCUGCCUUUGGCCCUGGUGCUUCUGGCCCUGGGGGCUGUGUGGGCUCAGGAGGGGUCAGAACCUGUCCUGCUGGAGGGUGAAUGCUUGGUGGUCUGUGAGCCUGGCCGAGCUGCUGCAGGGGGGCCUGGAGGAGCAGCCCUGGGAGAGGCGCCCCCAGGACGAGUGGCAUUUGCUGCAGUCCGAAGCCAUCACCAUGAGCCAGCAGGGGAGACCGGCAACGGCACCAGUGGGGCCAUCUACUUCGACCAGGUCCUGGUGAAUGAGGGCGGCGGCUUUGACCGGGCCUCCGGCUCCUUCGUGGCUCCUGUCCGGGGUGUCUACAGCUUCCGGUUCCAUGUGGUGAAGGUGUACAACCGCCAAACCGUGCAGGUGAGUCUGAUGCUAAACACGUGGCCUGUCAUCUCAGCCUUUGCCAACGACCCUGAUGUGACCCGGGAGGCAGCCACCAGCUCUGUGCUACUGCCCUUGGACCCGGGGGACCGGGUAUCCCUACGCCUGCGUCGAGGGAAUCUGCUGGGUGGCUGGAAAUACUCAAGCUUCUCUGGCUUCCUCAUCUUCCCCCUCUGA